CGAGCUGCUGGGCGGGGCUGCAGCCGGGACCCGGCGGCGGCCACGGCGCGGAGCGGGCGGCCGAGCCAUGGCGGGCUGCUGCGCCGUGCUCCGGGCCUUCCUGUUCGAGUACGACACGCCGCGCAUCGUGCUCAUCCGCAGCCGUAAAGUGGGGCUCAUGAACCGCGUGGUGCAGCUCCUCAUCCUGGCCUACGUCAUCGGGUGGGUGUUUGUGUGGGAAAGGGGCUACCAGGAAACGGAUUCAGUAGUCAGCUCGGUGACAACCAAAGCCAAAGGGGUGGCUGUGACCAACACUUCAGAGCUCGGAUUCCGGAUCUGGGAUGUGGCGGACUAUGUGAUCCCAGCUCAGGAGGAGAACUCCCUCUUCAUCAUGACCAACAUGAUCAUCACCGUGAACCAGACGCAGAGCACCUGUCCAGAGGUCCCCGAUAAGACCACCAUUUGUAAUUCAGACUCCAACUGCACCGUUGGCUCCACAGGCACCCACAGCAAUGGAGUUGGGACUGGAAAGUGUGUUCCGUUCAAUGAGUCUGUGAAGACCUGUGAGGUGGCAGCAUGGUGCCCAGUGGAGGACGACACCGGUGUGCCAACGCCAGCUCUGUUAAAGGCUGCCGAAAACUUCACCCUGCUGGUAAAGAACAACAUCUGGUACCCCAAGUUUAAUUUCAGCAAGAGGAACAUCCUCCCCAACAUCACCACCUCCUACCUCAAAUCCUGCAUUUACGACGCUCACACGGACCCUUUCUGCCCCAUAUUCCGCCUUGGCAAAAUCGUGGCGGAUGCGGGGCACAGCUUCCAGGAUAUGGCAGUUGAGGGAGGCAUCAUGGGCAUCCAGGUGAAAUGGGACUGCAACCUUGACAGAGCUGCCUCCCUCUGCCUGCCCAGAUAUUCCUUCCGGCGUCUCGACACCCGGGACCUGGAGCACAAUGUGUCUCCCGGCUACAAUUUCAGGUUUGCUAAGUACUUCAGAGACCUUGCUGGCAGAGAGCAGCGCACGCUCAUCAAGGCGUACGGCAUCCGCUUUGACAUCAUUGUGUUUGGAAAGGCUGGAAAGUUUGACAUCAUCCCUACCAUGAUCAACGUUGGCUCUGGCUUGGCGCUGCUGGGGGUGGUGAGUGGCCCGAGUUGUUGUUCUCUCCUCAUCCAGACUGGACCUUCCUCAGGGAUCAGCUGCACAGCGACGGUGCUCUGUGACGUCAUAGUCCUCUACUGCAUGAAGAAAAGAUAUUACUACCGGGACAAGAAAUACAAGUAUGUGGAAGACUACGAGCAGGGUCUCUCUGGUGAGGUGGACCAGUGAUGCCUAACCCUACGCGUCAAGCCCACACAGCCCUCAGCGAAGCAGUGACAUGGGAGAAAUGGCUGCUCCGUCCCUCUAGAAAGUUCCAGUCUCUGCUCCACGAUUACUCAGGGUUGCCCAGCAGGUCUUGAUUGUUCUGUCGUUUUUGAGCCUGGGUCUUGCUCCGCAGCUCCGACAGGCUCCAGAUUCAAGAUCCUCCUGCUUCAGCCUCCGGGAGUGCUGGAAUUGUACAUCACUGCACUCAUCUCCCGUGGGGAUUCCGGCAUUGUUACCUUGUACGUUACAGUUCCACUGUGCACAGCUCAGGCUGGCCUCAGACUCCAGACACUCCUCCAGCCUACACAGCCGCUAGAUCUCGCUUUAUGUGGGGUUCCUUUGCUCACUACACAGUGGACUCCUGGCACUCCUGUUGGUUGGGGCACCUGUUGUUUGUACAGUGUGAGCACACUGGGGCAGGAGAUAGACAGUCGGAGAGCGGACACUGCUGUGGCUGAUGGGAUUGUCGUCUUCUCCAGGGCUGCCAGGGAUGGCUUCCCCAGGAAGUUCCAGUCUCUAGAGCCUCUGCGGCACAGCAGCUCUGUCCAAGCACUUUAUAAGGAAGGAGGUUCUCCCAGGUGCCCUCAGCAGGCCUGGGACACUGUCCCUCUUCCCUGUGACCAGAAACUUUGUCCUUGUAACAGAGGCAGGGUUAGCAUUUCCUUUCAGAAGGGCUAUAUUGAAAUGACCAAGGACCAAACAUUAAAAGAAAUGAUUUUUUUUUUUAAAAA